AUAUGAAAGCAAUCUUUUCACCUUACUCAGACUUGUAAACUCCGCUUCUCCACUCCAACCAUUCCCAUUUCUACCGGAUCCACUCGCUUCCCUUUCCAUUCCCCCAAACAAACACACACACACACACACCCCCCAUGAACUCGAUGCUUACAUUGACGGUGGCCACGAUUGCAGCCCUCGUCGCCAUCAUCUUCUCGCUCCAAACCCCGUUCCUCCAGCUUAAUCAGGUCCUAGCGCCGCCGCAGAUUUCCGGAACCCAUGAUUAUCUCCAUUCCGCCACCGUUAUCCCGGUCACCGGAGCAAUUGGACCAGAGAGUUUGAUUUUUGACCCCAACGGAGAUGGCCCUUACACCGGCGUCGCAGAUGGCCGGAUUCUCAAGUGGCAAGGCGAUGGCCGUGGGUGGACUGAUUUCGCUGUCACUAGUUCUCAGAGGAGUGAGUGUGUUCGCCCGUUUGCUCUUGAAUUGGAGCAUGUUUGUGGGAGGCCAUUAGGACUGCGUUUUGAUAAGAAAACUGGAGAUCUCUAUAUUGCCGACGCCUAUUUCGGUCUUCAUGUAGUGGGACCGGCUGGAGGUUUGGCAACAAAACUUGUGACUGAAUUCGAAGGCAAGCCACUUCGCUUCACAAAUGAUCUUGAUAUUGAUGAAGAAGGUGAUGUGAUCUACUUUACAGACAGCAGUACAGUUUUCCAAAGAAGACAGUUCAUGGCAUCGAUCUUGAGCGGAGAUAGCACGGGAAGGUUAUUUAAGUACGACCGAGAUAGUAAACAAGUUACGGUUUUAUUGCAAGGCCUUGCUUUUGCCAAUGGUGUUGCAUUAAGCAAAGACAAGUCGUAUCUGCUUGUUGUUGAGUCCACCACUGGCAGGAUCCUCAGAUUUUGGCUUCGAGGUCCUAAAGCAGGAAACUCGGACGUUCUCGCCAAGCUUCCGGGGUAUCCGGACAAUAUUAGAAGGAACCCCAAAGGCGAGUAUUGGGUUGCUUUGCAUGCUAAAAAGGGACUUGUUGGGAGAUUGGUUUCUUCAGCCUCUUGGUUUGGGAAGGUACUGUUGAAACUUCCUGUUGACUUCAAGAAAUUGCAUGGGUUGCUGGUGGGAGGGAAGGCCCAUGCAACUGCGGUUAGGUUGAGUGAGGAAGGAGAGAUUUUGGAGGUAUUGGAAGACUGUGAAGGGAAAACUUUGAAGUUUAUUAGUGAAGUGGAAGAGAAGGAUGGAAAGCUGUGGUUUGGAUCUGUCCUAAUGCCGUUUGUGGGUGUUUUUGAAUUAAAGUAGGCUGUUUUUAAGCUAUUUCUCGAGAUAGUUCAGCUCUAGUUCUCCCUUUUGGAGUAGGAGAUACUAAAAGGGGUUUGAGAAAAAGCUCGUGUUGAUUUAUUUAACUUGAUUUUGAAUC